AUGCCACCUUGUGAUGAAAGUGGUAUCUCAGGGGGAAAGGAUGGAGUGCUACUGUACUACAAGUAUGUGCCGAUUUCAGACGUUCCAUUGAUCGUGAAGUGGUAUGAAGACCUGUGCACGAGCCUGGGACUGGUUGGCCGAAUCAGGGUUUCUCCGGAGGGAGUCAAUGUAACGAUCGGUGGCUCAACGGUUGCCCUGGAGGAACACAUUGAGCAAGUUUGCAGCCACCCGAGCCUUGGCAGCUGCGACUUCAAGGUCGCGCACUGCGUCGAGCCGCUCCUGGCGAACCCGGUCCUGGUGCAAGAGUGCGGCUUCGAAUCUCUCUCCGUGCGUGCAGUAAAGGAGGUCGUUUCCCUUGGAAAUGUCGCGUCUCAUGCCACUUCUGCGGUGGCGGGAACCCACCUAUCCCCUACCGACUUCCACCAGCACCUCUUGGCAGCAGCAACUAGACAAGCAGAAGACGUAGGCCGUCCCAGCGGCGGGGUCGUAGUCCUUGAUGCAAGGAAUGUGUAUGAGACGAGGAUUGGGCGCUUUCAGCAGCUCCCAGGCGUCGAGUUCUGUGACCCGCGCAUUCGGCAGUUCAGCGACCUGCCAGCCUGGCUGGAUGCAAACGAGGACCGGCUUCUAAACAAGCAUGUCUACAUGUACUGCACCGGCGGCGUCCGCUGCGAGCGCGCCUCCGCAUACCUGCGCGUCAAGGGCCCCGGAUUCCGGAACGUGUACCAGCUCUCGGGCGGCAUCCAGCGCUAUCUCGAGGCUUUUCCCGAAGGUGGCCUCUUCGCUGGGAAGAACUUCGUGUUCGAUCCGAGAGUCGCUGUUGGAAGCACGAACAAACGCAAGGUCGGCCGCUGCCUGCUGUGCCAAUCGCCCUUUGACGACUACUCCCCCCGCUGCCGCUGCUCCCAGUGCCGCCUGCUCGUGCUCGUGUGCGGCGACUGCCGGGAGAGAACGGAGUCUGCGGCGUACGUGUGCGAGCUGUGCCAGGAUGCUGGAGCGGAGACCCGUGCAGCAUUUGGGAACGAGAGUGGGGUGAGAGUGUCGGAGCUCGGAAAGGAACAAGUCACUGGGUCGGAGGUCGGAGAUGCUUCGUUGGGGGAUGAUCCCUCAGCGGUGGGGACUGGGUCGGAAACGGAAGUUCUGGAGACGGGGACCAGUGACGCGGACGGCCAGAAAGGCAGGGUGAUAGAUUCAAGCGUAGAAAGCGGCACUGACGCUUUUUCGGACAGGGUUUCCGGACGAGAAACCGGAAGCCAUGGGGAAGAGGCCCUGUCACGGAGAUCAGCGCCACAACGCCGGUUGCGAGUGCUGUGCCUGCACGGUUUCCGGCAGACGGGGCGGGGCCUGAAGGGGCGGCUGGCGGCCUUCCAACGGCAUCUCGGAGAUUUGCUAGAGCUUGUUUUUGUGGACGGACCCUUUGAGCUGCCCUGCGUGUACUAUCCGAAAGAACUAGGCGGGGGGAUAGCUGGCAGCGGCGAGGGGGAAGAGUCCGCAAAGAGCAGCACAGGUGGCGCAGGCGGGUUUGGAGUAGAAGGGGCUUGUGAGCGCACAAGAGGGGUAGACCGCGCGGAACGAGGGGCGGAGGGCCGGGUGCGUGAGCGGGAAGUGUCACCUCAAACGGAGGUGGCUUCGGGAGAACGGGAGUGCUCUACAGGCAAGGCAACCAGCUUUGCGGGUCUCAGUUCAGAUCCGCCGGCUUUCCACUCUGUGGUUCGGGUUUCCGGCAGCACGGAGUUGAAUAAACAGGCGUCGAAAGGCCCGUUUCCGAAGUUCGCGUGGUUGGUGUCCCCUGAGCAGCUGCUGGAGAUUGAGCGGUCGGGGGACAGCUCCGGGCCAGUCAAAGAAACGGCCGUUCCGGACACUCUUGGAGACGACGUGGACACGCGAACAUUUGCUGAGACGGCGGCCGUCGAGAUCCGACUAGAGGACAGUACCGCUGAGAAGGGGAAGGCUUUUGGCAGGAGUGAGGAGGCGGAUCAGAGAGCGGGUAAUGCGAAUUGGAGGCCGGCGUCUGCGCGAUUCGGACCGCUCCAGUACCUGACGCAGACCGCGGGAUGGGAGACGAGCCUGGCGCACCUGCGACGGCUCGUUUCAGAGCACGGCCCCUUCGAUGGGGUCCUCGGGUUCAGCCAAGGGGCCGCGGUAGCCGCCGCACUGUGCCGCUGUACGACAACUGCGGACGGGUUCGGUGACAAGAACGAGUCCACGUUUAGAUUUGCUGUCUUGUGCUCCGGGUUCCCCUCGCCAGCGGAAGGAACACAAGGUGUGGGUCCGCAGCGUAUUGAUCUUCCUUCCCUGCAUGUCUUUGGGAGCGUGAAGGGGAAUGAUAGACAGAUAGCGGCUGCUGAGAGCGAAAGGCUGGCGGAGCAGUUUGAGCCGAGACCUCGGGUCAUUGUACGACACAGUGCGGGGCACAUUAUCCCAGUCUCCAGAAGCCACGUUAAUCAAUACAGAUCCUUCUUUCUGAAGGCCUUGUGA